GAGCUCCCCGCGCCGUCUGCGGGCGGAGCGGCCGGCCGCGCGCGGGGAGCCGGCAGCCGCCCCCUGAAAAGCUGGCUCGGUCCCCGCGGCCGCCCUCCCCUCGGGGCGGAACCGCCUCGAGGCCUGUCCUCGGCGCGCGGAGGUCCCGUGAGGACGGCCGGGCCGCCUUGGGCCCGGGACUCCGCCGGCCGCACCGACCGCCGCUGCGGCCUGGACGCGCCGCCCGGUCCGAGCCUCGAACCCGGGCCGGCGGGGUCUGCACCUCCGGCCCCUCCCGCCGGGGGCCUCGCCGCCCGGGAGCCCGGCCCUUAGAACCCGCACAGCACCCCCGGCCUGGCUGUGCGGCCCCUCGGACCCUCGGUCUUCGCCUCGCCGAGUCCUAGGCGGCGCUGAAAAUGCGCCCCGGGCAGCCGCGCCGUGGGAGCGCGCCUUGCUGGGGGAGGAGGCGGGGUGCGGGGGCCCCGGGGGUGCGCCUUUACCGUCCCGAGGGUCGCGGGUGGAUCUGACCCAUCCGCCUGGGGGGCCUGUUUCCGCCGACGCCGCCUGCCCGCGCUCCCCUGAGGCAGGUGCCCGCGGAGGGCCGGCUGGUGUGUCCGCUUUGCGCUGGAUGUGAGGCUGACCCGGGUGGAGCAUGGACCCUUCGCUGCAAGUCGAGGGGUGCCUGGUGGUGAAGGCGGAGCAGGACCCUGGGUGGGCGCCGGGCGGAGUGGGGAGCUCCGGGUCCGAGACCUUCCGCAGACGCUUCAGACGGUUCUGCUACGAGGAAGUGCGCGGGCCCCGCGAGGCCUUCGGUCAACUCUGGGAGCUGGGCUGCCGGUGGCUGAAGCCGGAAACGCGCUCCAAGGAGCAGAUCCUGGAGCUGCUGGUCGUUGAGCAGUUUCUCAGCGUUUUGCCGGCAAAGAUCCGGGCGCGGGCUCAGCAGCAGUGUCCGCAGAGCGGAGAGGAGGCGGUGGCCCUGGUCAUCCACUUGGAGGAAGAGGCUGGGAGACGGAGAGCGCAGGUUUGCAGCCCUGUGCAGUCAGAGAAACAGGCCCCACGUGGAGCAGCGUGGGAUGCGGCAGACUUGCCGCCAGAGACCCAGCCCAGAGUGGUGUCUCGGGAAGAAGCUGGAAGCCUGCGCUCAGGACACCGGGAGCAGCUGACCCCAAAGAGAGAGCAGCGGCCCUUACCCAAGAAUGCUCGCCCUUCUCCAUGGGUUCCCAUCCCUGAUGAAGAAUGGAACACCACAGAUCAGGAAGUAACAACCACGAAACUUCCUGUUGGUUCUCAGGGACCAGUGAAAGAUGUCCACUUGACGAGAGGUUUUUCCUACAAAAAGAGUGUGCAUCAGAUUCCGGCUCACGGAGACCUCUACCAGGAUAUUAGGGAGGAGAGUGUUGGGAACAUGGUCUCCUUGGGAAGUGCAGUAUCUACUUGUAACAAGACAGCCCAGGUGGAGCAAAGAAAGGAGUUAUGGAUGCAUUACUCUAAUAAAAGGAAUAGUCUCCGAAGCAACUGCAUCAAGGAAAAGUCAGUUCAUGCUGUUCAGAUUCCUGCAAGGAAUGCAGGGAAGAUGCGGAGAGAGCAGCAACAGUGGGGCUUAGAAGAUGAAAAGAUAGCAGGUGUGCAUUGGAGCUAUGAGGAAACGAAGACAUUUCUCGCAAUUCUCAAAGAAUCUCGCUUUUAUGAAACACUUCAGGCUUGUCCCAGAAACAGCCAGGUGUAUGGCGCUGUAGCUGAAUGGCUGCGAGAGUGUGGCUUUCUCCGAACUCCGGAACAGUGUAGGACCAAGUUUAAAAGUCUCCAGAAGAGCUACCGAAAAGUGAGAAACGGCCACGUGCUCGAGCCCUGUGCCUUCUUUGAGGACAUGGAUGCAUUGUUGAACCCUGCAGCUCAUGUGUCACCCACUGACAAGUCAAAAGAGAUUGUGUCUCUCCCUCGACUAAAGAGAAUUGGUGUCGGUGCUAAAGGACAGAUCAGUCUGAUGGAGGAGGAGGAAGCUGCAGAAGAAUCUGAUAGUGAGGAAAUGGGCAUCGAGUUUAUCCGGAAGUCUGAGAUGCAUGGUACCCCUGUCUUGUUUCAGAACCUGAGUGGUGUACACUGGGGCUAUGAGGAGACCAAGACUUUUCUUGAUAUCCUCCGUGAGACUCGGUUUUAUGAAGCACUUCAGUCCUGCCAUAGGAAGAGCAAAUUGUAUGGGGUCGUGGCGGAACAACUGCGGGAGUGUGGUUUCCUCCGGACACCAGAACAGUGCAGGACCAAGUUCAAAAGCCUUCAGAAGAGCUACCGCAAAGUGAAAAAUGGUCACGUGCUAGAAUCCUGUGCUUUCUACAAGGAAAUGGAUGCCCUGAUAAACUCUCGGGCAUCUGUCCCCUCCACCAGCACCCCAGAAGAAGUCCCACCACCUUCAAGGCAAGAAAGAGAGGAUAUUGAGAUUGAACCCCAGGAACCUACAGGCUGGGAACUUGAGGAGACCUCACAAGAGGAAAUAGUAGAAGAUUCUGGCAGUGAGAGAAUGAGUGAGGAAGAAAUUGAACAAGAGUCAGAAUUCCAGGGACCUCCAGGUCUACUGCAAAACCCAAAUGAUUUUGAAAUUGGUAAUAUCAAGGAGGAUGCAACACAGGUAAUAUAUAAGGACAUGGAGCAGCACAAAACGCUGAUAGACAAGUCUAAAGGAAUUAUCCCCCAGAAUACUGAUCCAGGUAAAUAUUGUAAAAAAGAAUGUAUCUCAGGAACACAAUGGGAAAACCAUCAAGGAAUCAGACAGGGAAAGCCGAUGUCUCAGCCUAGAGAUUUAGGGAAAGCUGUAGUGCAUCAGAGGCCUUUCAUGGGGAAGAGACCCUACAGACUUCUAAAGUAUGGAGAAAACUUUGGAAGGAGUGCUCGUCUUCUGUGCCGGAUGACCCACCAGAAGGAAAACUCUUAUAAGUGUAGUGUCUGUGGGAAGUGCUUUGGUAGAAGCAGGAGCCUCAUUAGACACCAAAGAAUCCACACAGGAGAAAAACCUUUUAAAUGUCUUGACUGUGGGAAAAGCUUUAAUGACUCCUCAAACUUUGGUGCCCAUCAGAGAAUCCACACAGGAGAGAAGCCCUACAGCUGUGGAGAGUGUGGGAAGUGCUUUAGUCAGAGCUCAAGUCUCAUCAUACAUCAGAGAACUCACACAGGCGAGAAACCCUAUCAGUGUGAAGAGUGUGGGAAAAGCUUCACCAACAGUUCUCAUUUCAGUGCCCACCGCAGGGUCCACACUGGAGAGAAUCCCUACAAAUGCAUGGAUUGUGAAAAGAGUUUCAAUAACUGUACACGAUUUCGAGAACAUCAGAGAAUGCACACUGGAGAAAAGCCCUAUGGGUGUGCCCACUGUGGCAAACAUUUCAGUAAGGGCUCUAUUCUGACCAAACAUCGGGAGGUCCAUGUGAGAGAAAAGCUCCUGCCACAUCCUCCAUCCAUGUAUUCCCCAGAGAAUCCACAUAAGGGGAGAACUGAUGACUUCAGGAAGACUUUUUGAUACGAUAUCUUCUGUUCCUCCAUGUCCCUUUAGCCAUCCUACCCUGAUCUCACUCUUGGGAUCUUUGAUUAGCUAUAAAGUAAUUCCCAAGAUAAGCUUGAGAAUUAAAUCAAAUAAAGACUUGGAUCCUGUUCUCACCUCUGCCUCUAACUUGAUCAGCUUCUCCUUUAAUAAAGGGGAGAACAUAAAUUGUCUAAGUUCAGAAUGGAAUUAUCUUCAAUAUGCUGAGGCUACUGCUAUGGGAUUGCUAUGUCCAGCAACAUUCAAGAUCCUUCCAUGUAGGUGAGAGUUGUUUUCAAGGAGAUGAAAGACGCUGAAAGGUUUUUUUGUUAUCUACCAUAUGAGAUUCUGGAUGCAACUUGACCACAGAGUUUCGUGCUUGAGUAGAAGUUUCAGGAGUCCUACAUCAAGUCCAUUUUGGUUUUGAAGAUAGCCACAAAGGAGACUAAAGGUUUUAUAACUUCCAUCAGAAGUCUUUUUGUGUACCGUUUUUGUGUCAAGAAGUUGAUCUGAAUAGCGAGGGUAGAAUCUCUGUGAUGUCCCUGAAGUCAUGUUAGUAAUGCCUUGCCCUCCGUAGAGACGAGAAGCAAAUGAUCACCCAUAAUCCUCUGUAUACCAACCUUUUCUGUCCCUGAGACUGAAUCCCCUUGGCUGCUGCUUUCCAGCCUAUUGUUUCCCACAUGUCCCACACUUACCUCUUCAUGUUCCAGGUGCUCUUAUCCGCUCUUCUGAGCCAGCACACUCUCCUCACAUUGACUAGGCUGCAUGUUCAUGGAUGUGUCUCAUUAAAGUAAAGGAUUUCAGAUACAUUCUAGUUCUUCCCUGUAACUUCUCUCGUUCUUAUCUAAAACAUGAUGUGUGUUGGCAUAUUUAUGCCUCCCAACCCCACACUUUAGUAUAAUAUUAUACAAUCAUAGUUUUCUAAAACUUUAAGGGGGUAGAAAGAAGUAGAGACCUGAAACAUUAAAUAUUUCUAAAACCAGUAGGACUCCUUAGGCCUGCUUUAGAUCAGAUAGCCACCUCUGCCCAGACCAGCACUUCCAGGGCUGUUUGUUAAAUAUUCUUUUUUCUGAGGCUUCUAGACCUUAUUUAUAGCAUCAUGACCCUCACUGGAGAGCCCUGAGUAUUUUAUACAAUUCUAUAGCUCAGUAAGUGAAAGCAGAAAUAUUUGCAGAAACUUCCAAUCCAGAACACAUUAGUGUUUUCUUCAUUUACCUGUUUAUCUGAAAAACCUUUCUGAUAACCCCCUAGCACUAGCCCAAUACAUAGUGAAGGAAGGGUUCAGAUGGAUAAAUAGUUCAUUCCUUUCUGGAAGUUAGAUGAAAUUUGGUCAUCCAAGGCUGGUUGCUUUGGGAGGGAGAAGUCAUAGUUUGGUAGUAAGAUAACCAGAGUCAGGGUUGUGGGCGCACGCUUCUUCUGAUCUUAUCUCCUUUCCUUUGCCAUGUGCUCUCUUAUUUGAACACAUCUGGAGAUAAUAUUUUUCCUUUGACUACAUUUGAAUCCGUUGAAACUUGCUCAGCAGAGUACCAAGAGGGGUAGGCAGUUAGGGUGCCAGCAUAGGGUGUGGCCUGCUGGAAGGCAGGUGACUCAGGUAAACGGUGAUAAAUGACCUCCUUUACACUUGGAAAUGUUAUGCGUGUUCACAUCUGAACAGAUUAACUUCCUCUGUGUUGUCAGGUUUUCUUUUUCUCUCUUUUAUUAAUCAUUUUUAUUUCUCAGUUACCGUUGACAUACAUUAUUGUAUGGUCUCAGGUGUGUGUUGUCUAAAUCAUAGACUUAAUGGUAAGUGCAGCUUCAUGUUGGUAGUGUGCUGAGCGAGCACAGUAAGAUGUGUUAGUGUCAGUGGCGUGUGCUUACACUGUGUAGACCUUCUGGAAUUCCAACUCUAGAGAAGGUGCACAUUAAUAGAAGUCACCACUUAGUAAUACGUACAUAGGAUUGAUAAUUAUAUCGGCUGACGAAUGAUUCAGGAAAGGUGAUUUGUUCAGAAAUAUUUAUUAAGCACCAUUGUGUGUUAAGGCCAUGUUUUAGGCACAGUGAGGGAUGCAAAAAUGAAAAAGGGAGCACAGUGCCUGUACUCAAGGACUUUGAAAUAUGGCAGAGGAAGUAUUGCAGCAAAAGGUAAAGCCAAUUACAUGCAAGUUAUAAAGGUCAGUGACUCAAUCGUGAGAAAACCACCUUCACUUGCAAAAGUGUUUUUCUAACGCCUAAAAUCGUGUUCUUUCCCUCUGUCUCUCAGACUUCCCUAGUGGCAGAAAGGUUCCCACCCAGUCUCUCCUGUAGAGACUGAUUCUGUUGUCAUCUCAGAUGUCUGGGAUCAAGCUCAGGUGGAGUUUGGGUUCCCCUGCAGAUACUCCUGAUUGCAAAUGGGCUGCUGAGACAUGUAUUAAAGUUAACUUAGUGAAGUUUGUCUCUGUUCUGAGGAGACAGAAGGUCCUGCCCACCAUUCAACAAGACUCCUUGCAUUGUAUCCUUUUGCAGCAGGAGUGUGAAAGUCAAAGUGAGUGGUGUCUUCUCUACCACAUAGCACUGCCUUUAUGACCACUGCAGAGAAAGCUUGCUUUAGAACUCAGUACCAGCACUGCAGCUCUAAUCCUGAGGGGGGGAAAAAAGUUAUUUUUAAAAACACUGUGAUUUUUAUAACUUACUGUUUUUCUCCUUUUGUUCUCGCUGCUAGAAAGCCCAACAAAAUUUACAACCUACCUUAACCAUCUACCUAAAACCUAUAUUUAUUUAAUCCUGUCUUCUUUCUUUGAAAAUUGUUUCAAAUCCUAUGCUUUUUUAAAUGGUAUAAAUCAGGAGUCCUCAAACUUUUUAAACAGGGGGCCAGUU